AGGCAGAAUUAAUAUUCAAUCUCCCAGGCGCUUGCAACCCUGAGAGAGCAAAGAGCAAAUGCCUCUGGCCUGUGGCUUUAAUCUCCUCGCUGGAAGUUCUGCUUGGGACAGAGACAGACCGGGACAAAGGGGCAGGCGGUGAGGCUCACUCCAGACACUGCCAGAGGCCAAGCCGCCCGCACCCUGUGACAGGAGGCUGCAGCUUAGAGCACAUGAGGCAGGGUGACUGGUGCUGCUGUUGCCGCACUGAGUACCACCUCGCAGGGACCAGACACAGCUGCACAGUUUGUGCUGCCUGGCAGUGACCGAUGCAGCCGAGCAGCGAUGGGAGCGGUGAAUCCUGGCGGACCGUAGUAACUUGCCAGAAGCCAGCCUCCAAUGGGCGAAGUCUGCUCAGGCUCUCCGUGAUGGAAGUGAAGUGGAUCCAUGUGGCAUUGAUCUUCUUUGUCCUGCUCUCUGUGGCCAUGACGGGCUGCUUCCUGUGGCAGUACAGUCUCCCCAAGGUGGAGCCCGGCCCAUCUGCGAUGGAGGUGAGAUCGGAAGCAAUGCCGAUGUGUCCCCGCUAUCCAGAGCCUGUGCCACUGGACCACCCAAUCCCAGUCCUGAAGGAUGCACUGGAGAAGGUGGACAUGCUUCUGCGCCACAAAAUCCAUAGCCCAGGCCUCCCUGCCAUGUCUGCCAUCGUCAUCUACAAUGACACCGUGCUCUGGACAGGCAACUUUGGGAAGAAGAAUGGCUCUGACCCCUUCUCAGCAAUGCCCAAUGAGUACACCAUUUACAGGAUUGCCAGCAUCUCCAAGAUCUUCCCGACCAUCAUGCUUUACAGACUGUGGGAAGAAGGGAAGGUGACAUCUCUGGACGACCCUUUGGAACGCUAUGCCCAGAGCUUCGUUAUUAAAAAUCCUCUGGGGCGAUUCAAGGAAUCUGAGCAAAGAUACACAGCUGAUGGGCUUAUCUUCCUGGAGAAGGGGUCGCUGCCCCUCAAGCCAUCUCUGGUUACACUGCGCAGGAUGGCUAGCCAGCUCUCAGGGCUUCCCAGGAGACUGCGGUCCACCAGCCUGCUGUGGAGAGGGAGCACACAAGAUGCCCUUGCGCUCCUGAAGGAUGAUGUUCUGGUAGCUGACCCAGGAACCAGGUGCCAUUACAGUAAUUUGGCCUUCUCCCUCAUGGCCCAUGUGUUGGCUGCUCAUGCAGCUGAAGGGGAGUACCAGCGCUGGGUCUCUGAAAACAUCCUGGAUCGCUUGGGCAUGGAGGACACUGGCUUUGAUAUCACACCGCCAAUCCGUUCCCAAAUGGCCAUCGGGUUCUAUAGCAGUGGGCAACCUGCCCCUCUUUAUGACUUGGGCUGGUACAGGCCCUCUGGCCAGAUGUACUCCACCGCUGCUGACCUUGCUAAACUGGCAAUGGUCUUCCUAGGCACCUACCACCGGCGCCUGCUGGAGCCUGACACCGUGAAGACGAUGCUGACACCUCUUCUGAAGUGCUCCAGUGAAUACUUUGCCAACAAGACUGGCACGCCCUGGGAGAUCAACGAGCAGCUGGGCUACGAUAUUAUCAGGAAGGAUGGUGAUCUUGACGGCUACUCAGCCACCUUUUCCCUUGUCCCCAAGCUCCGCUUAAGCUUCAUAGUGCUAAUGGCAGGGCCUAGGCCCCAAGGGGGAGAUAUUGUGACUCAGACAUAUGAGUACCUUAUUCCAGCCAUGGAGACUGCGUUCCGGGAGUCAGGAAAGAGCCUGAACCCUCCCCCAAAUCCCACCCCUUAUGUUGGCUAUUAUACUUAUGCCAACCUGACCUUCUAUGAGAUUAAAGUUGGGCCCACUGGGGUUCUGCUCAUGCAACAGUUUGGACCCCAUAUUGAAGAGCUGAUCCCUGAAAACUACCGGACGAUCAUGCUCCAUCAUUUGGAAGACCGAGUCUUCCAGGUGGUUUUUGACAAGGAGUUCCCCUGCAUUCUACAGCUGGGCUCUGCCUCCGUCUCCCUGGAGACCCAGGAUGGGCAGCUCUUUAAUUUCUAUCCUUUUGAUCGCAAGGGUUUGUCUCCCGGCUUUGAUGCCCCGGGACUAAACACAUACAAUGUGGUGCGCAUACACAACAAGCCCGUGUUCUACAGCUAAGUGCCCCUGCUCCUGUGGGACCAAGGGCAGAAGUUGUUUCUGUUCUGUGUACCCCUGACUCUUUGGUCCCCAAGCCUUUGGGGAUGCAUCUUGAAAGGGAAAGACAUCAGCAAACUGACUGCUUCCUCCAACCAAAGCUCUCUCUUCUGAAAUGACCCUUGAGCCAUGGGGGGCUGGGCUGGCUGCUGCGGGAGCCUGUAGAAACUCCCUGCUGGUGAUGCUGGAUACACAGGUCACCACUUAAAUCUUUCAGUGCUACAGCUGCCCACCAUCACAAAGCCUGGCUGGCUUCAGUGGGCCACGGGAAUCUCCUGUGCUUUAGAGCAGAGUCUGUUCUGGGAUCCAAGCUAGCCCAGCGACCUGCCGAUCAAACUGCCUUCUCCUCUGGGGUUCGCCAUAAUCUGCAUCCUGCCUGCUUUGUCCCGUCUAAGGGGGGUUCAUCUCCCCUGUGUGGCUCAGAGGGAUAGAGCGAGCAGUUUGCACCAGGGAGCAGGACAGUUUCCCUAUGGGCCAGGUGGGGGUUCUGCUGCAGCUGCUCGUUCACUGAGGAAGUUGUAGGGCUUAGAUCCAGAAGAUCAAAGAGAAUUAGUUGGGGGGGCAGGAGCUGUCUGAGUGCCUAGCUAAGCAGAUGUGCUCUGAGUGCGUGUGGGAAUGGGAGGGUGCAGGGCACCAGCAGACGGUUGGUUCCAGGGCCUUGCUUCUCUCCCCCAUGUCUGGGUAGAUGUCUGGCUGUGCCGUGGGCCCCGCAGUGGGGAGGUAGCUGUGAGUACUGCGUGUUGGCCUAUGUUGUGGCUCAGGGCUGAGUACAGAUCCCUGGUGUUCCUCAUGUGCAGAAACUGGCCCUGCAUCAGGACUGGGCUCCAACCUUUCCGCAUGUUCCAUGCGUGGUGGAGAAAAGCUUCCUUGCUGUCGGGGAGCAUUAGCGCUAGCGCAGAAGGACGUCACAUGGGAGGGCACUAGCUUGAAACCUGAUCCCUUUCCAUUAGGGUCCCCUUUGGGAGCUUCCUAAUGCUCCUCAGGCAUUUUGCUCCUUGCUUGUACCCGCCUGGAGGCCUCGGCAGGAGAUCACACGACACAAGUUGCCGCGUCUGGUCAUUUGCUUCAUCCCCCCGGGGUAAAACAUCCCCUCAGUGCAAGGGUGUAGGGAGGCAACUGUCAGCAGAGAAGGAUUCCAGCCCCAGAGACCUUCAGCUGCACCAACAUCUACCUGGUGCUUAGGGCAGCAUCACUGGAGCCUGAGUCCAAAGCAAUCAGCAGCCGGGGCUGGGUGGAUGUUACCCGGGCGAUUAGUUACCCUCACUGCUGAGAGCUGGCUCAGACUUGCCAUAGGCUGUCUAGCCCUGAACAUUCAAUCCCUGCCUGUGGUGCAGGGCGGGGGCAGGCUAAGAAAAUUGUUUCAGGUCAAUGAAACAGAUGUUCCGACAGCAGAUGUUCUCUUGUGCCAGCUAGGGAUGGAAAAUCCCGGCUAAUCAGUUAACCGUUCAACCAGAGGUUGAACUAGUUAACUGAUUAAGCAGGAUCCCACUCUCCCCACCAUGCAGGGGGACCAGCUUCUACUCUCACCCCCUCCCUCUGUGCACAGGGCAGCCUCUCCAGCUCCCACCCCCCACCACUUGUACGGGUUACCCCCCUCACAUUCCUUGUGCCAGCCUGGUCUCUUGUGGCUGGUUAA